AUUGGAAGGUUUAAAAAUCAAAGAUGCGUUGAUUAGUGCGAUUCUACGCUCAUGUCCAGAUAUACGUAUUCUCAUUCUUGAUCGAAGUGAUGGUUUCUCUAACAUACCAAUUAUAGAAAUUGCAAGAUAUUGCCCAAAGCUAUUACAUCUGAGUCUUAAUUCACGUAUAUGUCUCACUAAUCGAUGUAUCACUGAAAUUGCUCACUCAUGCCCAAAACUUAGACAUCUUGAGCUUGGUAAUUGUUCGAUUGGUAAUGAAACUAUCGAGGAAAUAGCCCGCAACUGUACUAAUUUGAAAUAUCUUAGUUUGAAGGGAUGUAGAAGGAUUAGUAAUGAAGUGGUAAAAAAACUUAAUUCAAAAAUUAAAAUCAAACAUCCAGAUUAUUCAGAUGAUUUACAUACUUCAAUUCCCACCAGCAUAAUAAUUGGAAACAGAUUUUAUUUCAUCAUUCAGUAA